CAUAUACGAGCCGGGGCAAGAGACGACUGUUUCUCUCUCCUUAUUUUUGACACAGUUCACCACAUUUCAUCCACUUGGAAACGUAUAAUCCCCCCCGACAUCCUGGGCGUACCUACCUCUCUCUUUUUUUUUUUCAAGUCAGAGGAGUAAGGUGAGGGACGGGGGUCACCGCUUCAUAAAUACUCGGAGACUGUGGACAGACCUCGGAGGAGUAAAAGGGCCUACUGCCAGAGAAAGUUCUCACACAGGACAGGAGCGCCGAUUUUUUUCUCUCUCCCGCAGACUUGUACCAAAACUGGCUCCUGAUUUAUCACCGUGAAACGUGCGUCUGCUCUACUUUUUUUUAUGGAAAGCCUAUGAAUCCGUACUGGCAGACUUUGAAAGAUUUUUGUUUUGUGCUUUGUUUUUUUUCCCCCUCAGAAAAUGCAAUGUAGCUCAUCCUCGCAUCUCUAAGAGAGCCAUUUGCCAGGAUGACAGCGCUGCAUACUCCUCUGAACCGCGCGCUUUUCGCACUCGCGUGGAGCAGUCUGAGUUUUCUUUCCUGCGCCCAGUGCGCUCUCACUGACAACCAUGUGCACUCCAGCUUUAUUUACAGGAGGUUGCGCAAUCACGAGCGCAGGGAGAUCCAGAGAGAGAUCCUUUCCAUCCUGGGCUUGCCUCACCGUCCGAGACCCUUCUCUCCCGGGAAGCAGGCGUCCUCCGCGCCGCUCUUCAUGCUCGACCUGUACAACGCCAUGGCCGUGGAGGAGGAGGAGGCGGAGGGGGUGGCGGUGUUGAACCGGAACGCGGGGAAGAGCUUCAGUGCCAAGGCUCAAGGGCACUCCAAGAAAAGUUACUACAACCCGCAGCAUGCCGGGUACUCCCGUGUGCCGCAGCCCUACAGAGCGGCCCCUCUGCUGGGGCACAGUCCCGCACUAACCACCGCGCACGACACCAAUUUCCUCAAUGAUGCUGAUAUGGUUAUGAGCUUUGUCAAUUUGGUGGAGAAAGAUAAGGAGUUUUCUCACCAGAGAAGACACUACAAGGAGUUCCGCUUUGACCUGACUCAGAUCCCAGAUGGAGAGGCAGUGACGGCGGCAGAAUUUAGGAUCUAUAAGGACCGCAGUCACGCUCGCCACAGCAAUAUCACCCUGAAGGUUUCCAUAUAUCAAGUCAUCAAAGAGUAUCAGAACAAAGAUGCCGAGACCUUCCUGCUUGACUCCAAAAAGGUGCAGGCCUCUAACGGGGGCUGGCUUGUGUUUGAUAUCACAGCCACCAGUAACCACUGGGUGAUGAACCCGCAGCAAAAUUUUGGGCUUCAGCUCUGUGUGGAAACAAUGGAUGGACGGAGUAUCAACAUAAAAUCUGCUGGAAUCAUUGGAAGGAAUGGGCCACAGUCCAAACAGCCAUUCGUCGUUGCUUUCUUUAAGGCCAGUGGGGUUCUGCUUCGCUCGGUGAGAGCUGUGGGUGGGAAGAAAAAGAACCAAAACCGCAAUAAAUCUACUAAUAAACAAGAAUCAUCAAGGAUUCCAAAACCUGGAGACUAUAACACCAGUGAACAGAAACAAGCCUGCAAGAAGCAUGAGCUUUAUGUCAGCUUUCGAGACUUGGGCUGGCAGGAUUGGAUCAUUGCACCGGAGGGCUAUGCUGCUUUUUAUUGUGACGGCGAAUGCUCUUUUCCGCUCAAUGCUCAAAUGAAUGCAACAAAUCAUGCUAUUGUGCAAACCCUGGUCCACUUAAUGUUUCCUGACAACGUGCCAAAGCCCUGCUGUGCCCCAACCAAGCUCAACGCAAUAUCAGUGCUUUACUUUGAUGACAGCUCAAACGUUAUUCUGAAAAAAUAUAGAAAUAUGGUGGUCAGAUCUUGUGGGUGCCAUUAGUUUUGAGGCAGUUUAAUUUAUGGAGCCUGAGCUGAGAAUUGCUGGAAAACACAUCUGCUGCAGGUGUGGUUUGAUGUACAGUAUUAUGUAUAUAAAGUUUUAUUGGUUAAUUUAUUUCCCUUUAAAAGAAUAGCACUGAAUACUGUAAUAUUUAAGUGAUUAGUAAAGACUGUUGAGUUGACUUUAUGUGCAUUAUCAUUUCAUUUGUGCGUCCGCUGGCAUAUACUUUUAUCUGUAAUCGUCUUUGAUCAAACACUUCACUGGAGUCAUGAUGACAACUUUGCCUUUUUCGUUUCAGUUGAAAAAUUGUGCUGUAAAUAUUUAGAGAAAAUUUACAUCAGCGAUGAAUUCUGUGUGAGAUGGUCAUUGUCAUUGCUUUGGAUCAUUAAUACAUUCCUAAACCGGAAAGAAUGGUGUUGCUGAUAUAAAUUUAAUUAACACUGGUUUGUGCCCAGUAUGCUCCUUUUUGCAUAAAUAUCACAAAGCUGAACACUUUAAAAUCAAACUGGGUCAAGAUUUUCAUAAUUAUUUUAAAGCAAACCACAUAAACAUGUUUUCGAGCUGAUUCUUUUUUUGAAUAGAUAAUUCUAAAUCUGUGCCUUAUAAUGAGGUUUUACCCUUUAAUUAUAAAAUAUGUACACAUUUUUAAAUAUGAAAACUUGACCAAUAAUGCUAUUUUAAACAGUAACUGCUUAUGUAACCCUCUCCACCUAAACACUGUCAUUUUUUCUGUGAACUUUUUCAUAGCUACAACCAUCUUAGCUCCACGCUAAUUCUAACUUGUGUUUAGGAAGCAUAACUUAAUGAUAAAAUGUUUUGUAUUUUUAAUAAAUGUUCCACUAGAAAAAAAAA